GGAGGGAAGUGCUUCCAGAUGGCAUUCUGUAUGGCUCACGUGAAUCACAUUAUUCUGUUUUCAAAGCUGCACGAAUGUACAGGAUGGAAUGUGAAAAGGUCGACACUUUGGUCUCAGGUGAAAUUGAUUGCAAGGAUUUCAAAACUAAACUCCUUUGCCACAAGAGCAAGCCAGCAAUUAUCAACGUAAACAUUGGCACAACUGUUAAGGGAGCUGUUGAUGAUCUAGAUCUGGUUAUACAGACCCUCGAAGAAACAGGAUUCACACAUGACCGGUUCUACAUUCACUGCGAUGGGGCUCUAUUUGGUCUCAUGAUGCCUUUUGUAAAACGUGCACCGAAAGUUUCUUUCAAGAAGCCUAUAGGAAGCGUGAGUGUUUCUGGCCACAAGUUUGUGGGAUGCCCUAUGCCUUGUGGCGUUCAAAUAACAAGAUUGGAGCACAUUAAUGCCCUAUCAAGGAACGUGGAGUAUCUUGCUUCUAGAGAUGCAACUAUUAUGGGAAGCAGAAAUGGCCAUGCACCAAUCUUCCUCUGGUACACCUUAAACCAGAAAGGGUACAGAGGGUUCCAGAAAGAAGUACAAAAAUGCCUCAGGAAUGCACACUACUUGAAGGACCGCCUCAUAGCAGCUGGCAUUGGAGCAAUGCUCAACGAACUCAGCAGCACAGUUGUGUUUGAGCGCCCACAAGAUGAGGAGUUUGUUCGCAAGUGGCAGCUCGCUUGCCAAAGGAACAUUGCACAUGUGGUGGUCAUGCCCAACAUUACCGUCGAUAAGCUUGAUGAUUUCUUGACCGAACUGAUUGAGAAACGUGCCACUUGGUAUCAGGAUGGGAGGCUUCAAUCUCCUUGUGUUGCUUCAGAUAUAGGUAAGGAAAACUGUCUUUGUGCACUACACAAGUGACAAGUGAUGGAUGUUGUGCUUUCACAGUUCCUGUAUGGCCUCUGUUGUUUUGUCUGUAUUAGAAGACUUUGUUCUAAUCUGCUCCUUUACUAUGAUACUUUGGGCCUCAUAUUCUUAUCCAUUACGUGCUUUGUUCUGUUGAGCUUUUUGAAUUCUGAAAUAUGCUAGGUGAGAUCUGAUCUUACUUUCUCUAGAGAAUGUAGAGUCAAAAGACAGAUGUAAUAAAGUUUCAUCAACUUGUUUGCAGAGCACACAAUUAAAGCAUUAUCAAUAUCCCUUGCAUCCC